GUGCGGGACUCUUACAGAACCCCACCCCCACAUUAUAUCCUGCACAGCAUGUCUGGUGGGAGGCGCGGAAUUGCGGAAUCCUUGUCCUGAACUUCCUUUUGCAGUUGUGCUAUAAAAACCCCUUAACCUCAUCCCCUCUUUGAACCUUCUUGCCGAACUUUUUUUAUCAGCGAUAUUAAACCAUGUCAGACGCCAAGACCACCGUUAUCACCGACCAAGUUGUUCUUUGGGACAUCAGUUCCAAAAUCCCAGGAAAGAUCUGGUCUCCAAAUACGAUGAAGGUCCGUGCCGUUUUAAACUUCAGGGGGAUUCCUUUUGAGACCCAGUUUUUCACCUAUUCCACCUUCCCUGCGUUGCUCGAGAAAGAGGGGGUCAAGCCAUGGCCACAAGCUCCUCACUACACCUUACCUGCCAUCUCUCACAAAGGGAAGACGAUCAUGGGCAGUGACCAAAUUGUUGCGUAUUUGGAGAAGGAAUUCCCACACUCCCGAAGCGUCUACCCUACUCCUGAGGCUUUGGAAGAGGCUACCUCGAUGUGCAGCCUCGUUCCAACCUUGGAGGGUGUCACAGCUCCGACCGCGGGGGCAUUUGUGUCCGGUAUUAUGGAGGAUGUCGAUCAGAAGUACUUUUUGUGGAAGUUUGACGAAAGAGAUGGAAUUAUUGAUAUCCCGAAGCUUUUGGACGACCCGGCGGCGAUUCUGGAAAACUGGGAUCUGAUUCAACGCUUUUUCAAUGGCUUUGAAGGGUUCACCUCCAAGAACUUUAGCGCUGAGCAGUUAGGCCGCUUGAAGAGCGGUAAAUACUUGUUUGGUGACCAUUGCAGCUACGCUGAUAUUCUUUACUUCAGCUUGCUCUUCUGGACUGUGAUUGGGUACAGCCAAGACAAGAGUAGAACCUCUGAGUUAAUCACCGAUGAGUGGUUACGGGACUGGUGGGCUAGAAUGUCCAUUUACACUGUGUGAGGUGGGCCACAACUUCUGUGAAAGUAUAGAAAAUUUAGGUAUUUCAAUUCAGCUCCAAGAUAAAAAAAUGUCUAAACACGAUGCACAUCCCCUUUGGGGCUUCGUAAAUGAAUAUACGAAGAAUCCCCAGAAAGAUAAUUUUCACAUGUGAGCAUAAUUGUAGAUAGGAUCAGAAUACUUGCACGAAUCUUGGUGCGGGAUAUAUCCA